GCCUUAUCAUUUAUGAAUCAGCUGAUCGUGGAUACUAGGUUUACCGAGACACCGACAAGACCAUUUGUGAUUCUUUCAAUCUCCUGCAUUAACAUUAAUUCAACGAUUUUUUCGAGAUACACUGAAUAGAAGAGAAACGUCAUGUCGUUGAACACGGCACACGCCAAUGAUGGAGUGCUUCUACACGCCGGAGAAUGCAUUCUGUUAUUCUGCGACAAUGUGACGAUGGAAUUUCAUGGGCAAGAGCAGCCAGAGUUCACUGGCACAAAGAGAGGCAGGAUAUAUUUGACAACUCAUCGAAUGAUCUUCAAUGCCAAGGACAGAAAGGAAAGAAUGCAAUCGUUCAGUUUUCCUUUCAUCACAUUGAGUGAAGUGGAGCUGGAACAGCCGAUGUUCGGAGCCAAUUACAUCAAGGGCAAAUGUCGGGCACAGCCAAAUGGCAACUGGGUUGGCGAAUGCAAAUUCAAGUUGCAUUUCAAGAGCGGAGGAGCUAUUGAGUUUGGACAGGCUAUGCUGAGGGCAGCUUCUAUGGCCUCACGCAAUGGACCUGGUUAUGAGGCUCCACCACCCUAUCAGCCUCCUACAUCAGACUGGUAUGCAGCACCACCUCCAGCCUACCAAGCAGCUCCCCAAGGCUACUACGGGUGGAUGCCACCCACCAACGUAUUUCCAGAAGUGCCUCCAGCUAAUUCGGUCUACAUGACGGACAUGCCUCCACCGUAUCCAGGAAUAAAUUCUCCAUACGUGAGCGGUGGAGUUCCCCAGGGACAGGGAGCAUGGGGUGGACAUCCCCCACAGCAGAACGGCAAUCCUGGCUGGGCCAAUCCCAAUUAUAAUCCUCAGGCUAAUCAAGCAGAUGCCAAAGCUGCAGAAGCUGCCCAAAGUGCAUACUACGAUCCCAACAGGCCACAGUGUGCAUACGUACCACCACCUGCUUAUUAUGAGAGUCCACCAAGUUUCCAGCAGGCAACGGAGAAGAAAGACCAGUGAAAAUGACAAAUCCUCCCAUAAUAAAACAAAAAGUAUUCUGAUUGAAAUCACACUAGCAAUUAUCGUUGAUCGUUGUUAACUAUCCUCCUUACGUUUUUUAGUACUUUGUACAUUUUUCAAACGAAGGCUGUUGAAGCUAUGAAUAAUCUCGAACUCCGGUUGACCAUGCAUUUAAUUAUUUCUAUCGUUUUUUUAUUCUUUCUUCUCUUUACUCAUGAAAUAAUUACGGCCAAAGAGAUGGAACGGGCAAGGGAUUCCACCGAUUUUCGAUACAUGAAAUUAUAACUAUUACAAUAUUAUUAUGGUUUUAUCACAUUAUUUUCGUGAAAAAUAUGUUGCAAAUUUGCAUAAAUAAACACACUAGCAUGGCA